AUGCAAGAACGGGAGUUCCAAAACAUGUUUAUCUUUUCACCGGGUUUCGAAGCUGCCACCUUGAAGAUUCCACAAAAGGAUUGUUCGGAUGACGAUGGCUCUGCAAACGGUAGCAGCGGAAUUGGAAGCAGUUCUAACAAUGGAAUUAUCAAUGGUAACAAUGCAAGGAAACAAAUUUUCCGUACCAGGCUUGAAGCACUUGAAGCUCGUGACAUUCUCAGCGGAAGGAAAGUCGAUGCCGAAAAGGGUUCCGUUCUAAAAGCAGAAAUGGCAAAGAAAAACCUGCAUACAAAGCGCGGCCUAUCCAAUGAUCAAAAUCCCGCGGCAUUUCCUCAUCUCCCUGCUCCUAACAAACGUUUCUCGGCUUACGAUGCCUUCCAUUCUGUUCCACC